GAAAUAAAAAAGGGAAAAGUCACGUCGUGAAGUGUGCUUUGAAUAGUAGUUGAUGUACAUCUUAUCGAGAGAUAAAUGCUAGGAAACAACAAUAGGGAAAAUGUUAGGAAACAAUAGGAAAAGGAGUUGAGGCCCGUUCGUCUCAAAACUCUCAGAUCGCUUUGAUUUUGGCAUCCACGAUACUCGAUUCGGACAAUUGCUUCACCGCUUUUUUGCUUGUGCAUUAAUUCCAAGUUGAAGAAAAAUGGAAGGUGGAAAAGACAAUCGUGAUCACGAGUCUAGUGACAAAGGGCUGUUUUCAAGUCUUGCUGGAUAUGCUGCUGGACACUACCCUCCACGAGGAUACCCUCCACAGGGAUAUCCACCUCAAGGAUAUCCCCCGCAAGCCUACCCACCAGGUGGGUAUCCACCCGGAGCUGGAUAUCCUCCUCCAGGUGGUUACCAACCUUCUGGAUAUCCUCCUCCAGGUGGAUACCAACCUUCUGGAUAUCCUCCCCCAGGUGGAUACCCACCUGCUGGAUACCCUCCCCAAGGUGGAUACCCACCUGCUGGAUAUCCUCCCCCAGGAGGAUAUCCCCCAUCCAGUUAUCCUGGUCCAUCAGCUCCAUAUCAUUCAGGGCAUGGAUCCGGUAUGGGAGCAUUGCUAGCAGGGGGUGCUGCUGCAGCAGCUGCUGCUUAUGGUGCUCACCAGCUCUCCCAUGGUGCUCAUAGUCUUGGACAUGGGGGUUUCCAUGGCUUUGGUCGUGGAAAGUUCAAACAUGGCAAGUUUAAGCAUGGGAAAUUUGGCAAUCGCUGGAAGAAUGGCAUGUUUGGUAAACAUAAGUUCAAGAGAUGGAAGUGAUACAGAUGUAAUGUUCGUGUGGAGCUCAAGGAUUUCAUGUUAUUAUUCAAAGGGUGAAGGUUUGCUGUUAUAUUCUUCUAAUAUUUUCUUUCUUGUGGUACCAGAAUAAGUUCUUAACAUCUUUUUUAUGUCUUUGACAAAAAUGUAGAGUGUGUUGUUUAUAUGAUUGUGGUUGCUUUUGUCUCCUUAACUAGAAACAGAUGUAAAUGUGUCCCAUGAAAGAAUGAAAAAAAUGCUGGCUUUGGGUUU